UGCGGGAGGGGGUACGCACACGGCGGCCCGGCAGGCCGGUACCAUUCGACUGCUCUCGCCAGCGGGCCCGCGGUGGGCCGGGCGGAACCAGAGGGAGGGAGGGAGGAAGGGAGGAAGGAAGGAAGGAAGGGGAAAAGUCCGCCCCGAGCCUGGGUGCGGGCGGUGUCACGCCGGGUACAUGGCGCAGCGCUGAGGGACGCGCGGCCGCCACCAGCAGAGGACGAGGAGGAGGAGGAGGCACCGCCAGCCCUGCCCUGCCCCGGGACUUGAAAUGGCAGGAGAAGAUUCCUAUAUUAUGGGGGUGUCUGAUCCCCAGAUGUUUGCUAUGGAUCAGUUAAUGGGGAUGAAUGCAUUAUUUAAUAACACAAAUUACAUCACUUCAGACUUGCCACUACGAACAGCAGAUGGACCCUAUCUUCAAAUCAUAGAACAGCCAAAACAGAGGGGGUUUCGUUUCCGAUACGUGUGUGAAGGGCCCUCACAUGGUGGACUUCCAGGUGCUUCUAGUGAGAAGAACAAAAAAUCAUACCCUCAGGUCAAGAUCUGCAAUUAUGUUGGACCUGCAAAAGUCAUUGUCCAGUUAGUUACUAAUGGAAAAUACGUCCACUUACACGCUCACAGCUUGGUGGGGAAAUUUUGUGAAGAUGGAGUCUGCACAGUUAAUGCAGGACCUAAAGAUAUGGUUGUAGGGUUUGCAAAUCUUGGGAUACUUCAUGUCACCAAGAAGAAAGUGUUUGAAACCCUGGAAUCACGCAUGAUUGAUGCUUGCAAAAAAGGAUACAACCCAGGACUCCUGGUGCAUCCUGAACUGGCCUAUCUGCAGGCAGAUGGAUGUGGAGACAGACAGCUAACUGAACGAGAGAGGGAGAUAAUUCACCAGGCAGCAGUCCAGCAGACUAAAGAGAUGGAUCUCAGUGUGGUGAGGCUCAUGUUCACAGCCUUCCUUCCUGACAGUAAUGGCAGUUUCACACGAAAACUUGAUCCUGUUAUAUCAGAUGCAAUAUAUGACAGCAAAGCUCCCAAUGCCUCCAACUUAAAAAUCGUCAGAAUGGACAGAACAGCAGGGUGUGUAACAGGAGGGGAGGAGAUUUACCUUCUCUGUGACAAGGUUCAGAAAGAUGAUAUUCAAAUACGUUUCUAUGAAGAGGAUGAGAAUGGAGGUAUGUGGGAAGGUUUUGGAGACUUUUCUCCUACAGAUGUGCAUAGACAGUUUGCUAUUGUGUUCAAAACACCCAAGUACAGAGAUGUUAACAUCACAAAGCCAGCAUCUGUAUUUGUACAGCUGCGUCGGAAAUCUGACCUAGAGACAAGUGAACCCAAGCCUUUCCUCUACUACCCAGAAAUCAAAGAUAAAGAAGAAGUGCAAAGGAAGAGGCAGAAGCUCAUGCCAAACUUCUCUGAUGGCUAUGGAGGAGGCAGUGGUGCAGGAGGUGGUGGCAUGUAUGGAGGGGGAGGUGGCAGUGCUGGCUCUGGAUUCAGUUAUCCUUCAUAUGGAUACUCUGCUUUUGGAGGAAUGCAUUUCCACCCUGGCACAACAAAAUCCAAUGCUGGAAUGAAACAUGGGCUAUCAAAUAGCACAGCUGAAGGAGGUGGGAAGAGCUCUGAUGAACAAAGUGACAAAUGGGAUGCGAAACAUGAUGUGAAAGUGGAAACUAUGGAGAAGAAUGAGUGCAGAACUGCUGGGGAUGGGGAUGAGGAGGAUGCUGCUUGUAAAACUGAAGUUAAUGAAGCAGAUUGCAGGUGGCAGGAUGGGCUGUUCCUGCAGAAGGCCAUGCAGCUUGCCAGGCGCCACUGCAAUGCUCUCUUUGAUUAUGCUGCAACUGGAGAUGUGAAGAUGCUGCUGGCGGUUCAGCGCCACCUCACUGCUGUCCAGGAUGAUAAUGGGGACAAUGUUCUUCAUUUAGCAAUUAUCCACCUUCACACUGAGCUGGUGAAAAACCUCUUGGAAGUGAUGCCUGAUUUGAAUUAUAAUGACAUCAUUAACAUGAGGAAUGACCUUUAUCAGACACCCUUACACCUGGCAGUGAUCACAAAGCAGGCAGAGGUGGUAGAAGAGCUGCUGAAGGCUGGAGCAGAUGUCAGCCUGCUGGAUCGCCAUGGUAAUUCUGUCCUACAUUUAGCUGCUGCUGAAGGAGAUGACAGGAUACUGAGUCUGCUCCUCAGGCAUAAGAAGAUCUCUCCAAUGGUCAAUCUUUUCAAUGGGGAAGGUCUCAGUGCAAUUCACAUGGUGGUGCUGGCAAACAGCAUGUCCUGCCUGAAACAGCUGAUUGCUGCUGGAGUCAGUGUCAAUGCUCAGGAACAAAAAUCUGGACGAACUGCACUGCAUUUAGCUGUGGAGCAGGAGAACAUCCCUUUGGCAGGCUGCCUUUUGCUGGAGGGUGAUGCAGAUGUGGACAGCACUACAUAUGAUGGGACAACCCCACUUCACAUAGCAGCUGGAAGGGGCUCUACAAAACUGGCAGCAGUUCUCAAAGCAGCAGGUGCCAAUCCUCAUGUUGAGAACUUCGAGCCCUUGUUUGAUCUAGAUGAUGUGAGAGGUGAUGAAGAUGAUGAUGAAGGAAUUGUGCCUGGAACAACCCCACUGGAUAUGGCAGCCAACUGUGAGGUGUAUGACAUAUUAAAUGGCAAACCCUAUGAGUCAGCAGUGAUUGCAGAGGACUUUCUGACACAAGGACGUUUGAGAGACCUCAAUGAAACUUCCAAGAUGGAGCUUUACAGACUGUUGGAAGCACCCAAUCCUGACAAAAACUGGUCCACUCUAGCACAAAAACUGGGUCUUGGCAUCCUGAACAAUGCUUUCAGGUUGAGCCCUUCUCCAUCAAAAACUCUGCUGGAUAACUAUGAGGUUUCUGGUGGUACAAUUCAAGAGCUGAUUGCUGCUCUGAGACAAAUGGAUUACACAGAAGCCAUUGAAGUCAUUGAGAGAGCACUGUCCAGCUCAGAAAGCCCAUCUCACCAGGAGGACAAUGCAGCAGAAGCUCUCCCAUCCUCACUCCCACCCACCUGUGCAAAUGGAGGGACAGGUGAGCUUUACAACAGCAAAUUUCAGGACAAUGAAAGCAUCUGUGACAGUGGUGUGGAGACCUCCUUCCAAAAACUCAGCUUCUCUUACUCAGACUCUCUGAGCAGCAAAUCCCCAGCACCACUUGGCACAGUCACCCUGGGCUAUGGACAUGGAAGCUCAGUGCAUACCAAUUACAUAGCCAAUUAGUUAAUAGCCAAUUAGCAAUAUGCAGAACAAAUGCAACAUUAACAAUGACACUCGUGUCAUCCUGACCAGAGGGAAGUGAAGUCACAGCCAAAAGUGUGCUGAAGGAACCACCCAGAGGAACCAGAACCACCAGGGACUCUUGGCCAUGGCUUCCUUCCUCAGGGACAUUUAAUUUGAUUAAUUACAACCCAUACACAAUAUCCAGGGCUCUUUGAUACACAGGACUGGACACUGUGAAUGACUGACAAGAGAUUUUGUGGCUUGGGAGGAUUUUCUUCUACAGACAAAAGUCAUUCUUUGCUAAUGUGUAAUACCACCAACUCACUUAAUAAACAGAGGUAAGGGACACAGGCAAACAAAGAAUACAGUUUCUGGCUGCUGUCUUCAUAAGUUUUGCAGCACAGCUGAAUUUAAAAAAGCUCAUAAAAUAGCUUGCAAAGAAAAUCAUUACUUUAAUCACAACAGUGACAACUCAGAAAAGAAACCUAAAAAAAUAAUCUUGUAUAUUUCAAAUAAUGUAUUUAA